GGAAGGGAAGAGUCCCACUCGGACGCUGCAUCCUUUCCAGCUUCGAAUUCCUCGCCCAAAAACCUAUAUAUGAAGCAAACGAAGACGACGACGCCAGACGCGCCGGACACCUUUCUAGGGUUUCUCUAGGAUUUCCACUUCCAUUUCGGCGAUUCCAGGGGGCGAGUCCAAUCCAAAUCUGGAGCCGCUCCGCCUCGUUUCUAGGGUUUCCGAGGUCACAGCGGGAGGAGGACGAGAUCGCAGAUGCAGACGGACGCGCGGAUGAGGGCGGUGGUGGAAGGCGGAGGGCAGAGGGCCCUCGCCGCCGCCCACGGAGUCGCCGUGGAGGGCGGGAUCCGGCGGUACUCGGCCUCGCACCCCAACCAGCAGAGUGGGCAGCAGGCCCCUCAGCUUCAGCCGCAGAUGGCGCCGGUGGCGAACCUCCUGGCCGGAGGCGUCGCCGGAGCGUUCAGCAAGACCUGCACGGCCCCACUUUCUCGUCUCACUAUUCUAUUUCAGGGGGCCAAGUAAAGCAGAACUUGUACUAGCUGGCCCCUGACUAGCACAAGCGUGAUAUGUGAUAAGUUAGAUGUUGGACUUAAGAAGGUGGAGCAGCAAGGAUGGAACCUUAAAAAGUAUUCAUUUGUGUGCAAGGCAUGCAUUCUAAUGUUGCUACCCUAAGCAAGGCUAGUAUAUGGAGGGAGGCUUCACGCAUUGUCUAUGAAGAAGGUUUUAGAGCAUUUUGGAAAGGAAAUUUGGUCACUAUUGCUCAUCGGCUACCAUAUUCAUCUAUAAGCUUCUAUGCUUAUGAACACUACAAGCAUGCAAGUAUGAAGUUACUACAAUUGAUUCCUGGGCUUGAUAGGCAUAAGGAUUAUAUGGCUGCAGAUGUAUGUGUUCGGCUGUUAGGUGGUGCUUUGGCAGGUGUAACAGCUGCAUCUAUCACAUACCCGUUGGACCUUGUGAGGACGCGUCUUGCUGCUCAGACAAAAACCAUGUAUUACAGAGGCAUUUCUCAUGCACUCUGUGCCAUCUACAGAGAUGAGGGUAUCAGAGGGUUAUAUAAAGGACUUGGAGCAACUUUGUUGGGUGUUGGACCUAAUAUAGCGAUCAGCUUCUCUGUGUAUGAAACCUUGCGAUCUCAUUGGCAAUUACAGAGGCCCAAUGAUCCUGCUGUAUUUGUUAGUUUGGCUUGUGGAAGUAUUUCGGGCAUUGCUUCAUCAACAGUUACAUUCCCAUUAGAUCUUGUGAGGCGGCGAAUGCAGUUGGAAGGGGCAGCUGGAAAGGUUCAUGUCUACAACUCGGGGCUGUUUGGAACAUUUAGGCACAUAAUCUAUACUGAAGGAUUUCGAGGAUUGUACAGAGGUAUCUUGCCUGAGUACUAUAAAGUUGUCCCAGGUGUUGGCAUUGUUUUCAUGACUUACGAGAUGCUGAAGUCAUGCCUGUCUGGCAGAGAUUCUGAUGACUAGCAUUGAGAUCUUUCAGAGAUGAAGUUUUGACCUCUGACAUUGAUGCACAUUGUUAAGUUCUUAGAGAUAAGGUAGAAAAGUUUCUAGUGUCCAAGGAAUCACAUGGUGGUAAGUUUUGCAAUUGCUUCCAUGAAAAAGUUUUUCAUUCGUUAUAAUUUUUAUAAAAUUAUAUCUUCAACUCUAUCCAUGAGGCAUUAAGUGUUAUACAUCUUCCAAUUCUGCUAGCAUUUUCCAGAUCAUGUACUUCUCAGUUUUGAUUGAUCUUUAAGGGAAAAAAAGAUGAUUGGGCUCUUUGGAGCCUACUUGUCUAUUUGCUGUUGAUGGAGGUCCAGCUGAGUUUCUUGUAAAAAGCAUAUGCGAGGUUUCGAGGAUUAUAACAAUGACUUUUUAGAAAAAGUGAUGGAGAAUUUGUUUAACUAACAGAAGCAACUUGCCAGUUCAGGAAAUUAUUAAUUCCAACAUCAGGGAGGAUGGGUGGUGAAAGAUAUCUAUCAGCAAGUGACGUCAUAUGCAUGGUGAAAACAUCCCCAGAAGCUACUGCAAGAUGUUGUUGGUGACUUGCUAGCUAAGGAUCUCAGUUUUGAAUUACCGCUGUGAUCUUAGCUGAUAAGUUUAUUUUCUUUUAACUCAUCGAAGACCAUGGUCAAUUUUCAUGGUGUUUAAACAAAUUCUUCUCUGCAAUUAAAUUUUAUAAAAUGUUGUCACUGGUUACCAACUUGAUUGAGUAGGGGCCCACAUUGAUAUGCUGAUUGGUAUAACUGUUUGCACAAUCAAAUGAAGCUGAUUCUGGCGUUUGGAUA